ACAUGACUGCGGGCGAAGGGAGAGGCAUGGACGGGGAGGCGCCCGCGGGGACCCUCUUGGGCGCCGCAGAUUCGGUAAAGCCUCUACUGAGCGAGGGGAGGGACCCUGAAGAACCUCCGAUGCAGACACCCCCGGGAAACCCCCUGGUGGUCUCCCACACCCUGCCGGAGCUGCUGGGUAAAGAUACGGUGCAGAUGGAGCUGAUCCCGGAGAAAAAGGGCCUUUUCCUGAAACAUGUGGAGUAUGAAGUUUCCAGCAAGCGUUUCAAGUGCUCAGUGUACCGGCGGUAUAAUGACUUUGUGGUCUUUCACGAGACACUCCUUCAGAAGUUCCCGUACCGGAUGGUUCCGGCUCUUCCACCCAAAAGAAUGCUGGGAGCAGACCGAGAGUUCAUCGAGGCACGGCGUCGAGCGUUGAAGCGCUUCAUCAACCUGGUGGCAAGGCACCCUCCGUUCUCAGAAGAUGUCCUCCUCAAACUCUUCCUGUCUUUCAGCGGCUCGGAUGUGCAGAACAAACUGAAGGAGCUGGUCCAGGGCGUGGGGGAUGAGUUCAUGAUCUGCAAGUUUGCCACCCAAGCCAAGGAUUUCCUGCCUGCCGACAUCCAGCUCCAGUUCGCAGCCAGCCGGGAGCUGAUCCGAAACAUCUACAACAGUUUCUACAAGCUGCGGGACCGGGCGGAACGGAUUGCCACCCGAGCGGUCGACAAUGCUGCUGACCUCCUCAUAUUUGGAAAGGAGUUGAGUGCUCUGGGCUCAGACACGACGCCACUUCCUUCCUGGGCCGCUCUGAACAGCAGCGCUUGGGGGAACCUGAAGCAGGCCCUGAAAGGCCUCUCCGUGGAAUUUGCGCUGCUCGCGGACAAAGCAGUCCAACAGGGUAAACAGGAAGAGAACGACGUGGUCGAGAAGCUGAACCUUUUCCUGGACUUGCUGCAGUCCUAUAAAGACUUGUGCGAGAGGCACGAGAAGGGCGUCUUGCACAAGCACCAAAGGGCCUUGCACAAGUACAGUCUGAUGAAGCGGCAGAUGAUGUCCGCUGCUGUCCAGAACAAGGAGCCGGAGACCGUGGAGCAGCUGGAGUCUCGAAUCGUGGAGCAAGAGAACGCCAUCCUGACAAUGGAGCUGCGGAAUUACUUCUCCCUGUACUGCCUGCACCAAGAGACCCAGCUGAUCCACAUCUACCUGCCGGUCACCUCUCACAUCCUGGGCGCUUUUGUCAACUCCCAGAUCCAAGGCCACAAGGAGAUGAGCAAAGUGUGGAAUGAACUGAAGCCCAAACUGAAUUGCCUCUUCGCUGGAUCUGGCAGCACGCCAACCGCGCCCUUCGCCCCCUAGGCGGGCAUCUUCUUUCCAAGUUGAUGCCUUAGGACGGGCAGGGCACGGCAGCC